AGAGGUAGCAUCAUGGUGGACCGACUGGCGGUUGGGUUGGCGAAGUCGGUGGUGGUGGGGGCGAUCAGCAAGAUCGAGUCGGCGAUCGAGGAGGACACCAAGCUCCGGCAGAAGGCGCACUGUGACCUUGUGUCCAUCACUCUCGAGUUCGAGAUGAUUCAGUCCUUCCUUGACGUCGCCAAGGAGGAGAGCAUCAUGAAUAAUAUGGUGAGGACCUGGGUGAGGCACGUCCGUGAAUUGGCCUAUGACCUCGAAGACUGCGUCGAGUUCGUUAUCCUGGCACGGGCGGGCCGGUCGCUGCCACUGGACCAGGCCGUCGAGGAUUUAGCAGAGCUCAAGGGCAGAGCUGACGAGUUGAGCAAGUGUUACUUGCGCUACAGCAACAUCACCGGCUCUGUUGCCUCCAAGUUGGUCAUGAUGCAGAAACAACAAGGAGUCUCCAGCGCAAUAGCACUCGAUAUGCUCCUCAAGGCAAGGGAUGCCGCGGAUGGGCAGAAAUGCCGAGGGGAUCUCACCCAGCUGAUCACUCAAGAUGGUCAUCCCAAUAGUGACCUCCAAGUGAUCUCGGUGUGGGGAUCAGAAGGCAACCAUGGGACCACAUCUGUCAUCAUGACGACCUACAAUGCCUCAGAGAUCCGCAAUAGCUACACCUACAGGGCCUGGGUGAAGCUCAUGCAUCCGUUCAAUCCACAUGACUUCGUCCGCAACUUGAUGGCUCAGUUCUUUGAAAGCUCUUUCGAGGAACAAGGAGCAAGCGCCAUAGGUAUACAAGUCCUCACCAAGAUGGAUCAGGCCACCCAAUCUCAAUCAGAUCUCCUCAAGGAGUUCGAGCAGCUGGUCACAGAGAAGAGGUACCUCGUUGUCUUGGAAGAUCUCUCAAACAUGGCAGAGUGGCAUGCUAUCAGGACCUUUCUUCCUCACAGAAAGACCGCCAGCCGCAUCAUUGUGUCCACAAAGGAGUCAGAAAUGGCAUGCUUGUGCAUUGGCGAUUCUUACCAGAUAUUGGAGUUGAUGCACUUCUCACCCGAGCACUCUGUUUGUGCCCUCUUCAAGAAGGGUUCUAGUAGUGGCGACGAAGAUAAAGGCAAGAAACCAAUGGUGCAGGAUUCAAUCCUGAUUGGACGUGAGUCACAAAUGAACGAACUUCGUAAAUAUCCAGCAAUUGCACGUAUGUCAUCUUCCCAAGUUAUGUCUGUCUGGGGGAUAGCAGGUGUGGGGAAGUCAGCCCUCGUCAGAGACUUGUGCAAUAUUGAUGACACAAAGCAACCUGAAGAGAAACUAUUUAAUAGGUAUUGUUGGGUGAAUGUAUCUCAUCCAUUCAAUUUGAAGUACUUAUGUCAGGAUUUACUUUCGGAUUUUCACUCAGAAAAAGAUCCCAUUAAAGAGUGUCACCAGCUUCUAAUACAAGACCGUUGCCUCAUUGUUAUUGAUGGUAUACGCUACAAAAAGGAAUGGGAUUUGAUAAAAAAAUCCGUGGUACCUAGAUCCUCUAAGAGUGUUAUCAUUGUUAUUACAACUGAAGCAAGUAUUGCCACAUACUGUGCAAAUAACAGACAGCUCGUGUUCAAUGUCAAAGGUCUAGAAGCUGCUGCAGCCUUUGAUCUCUUCAAACAGGAGGUACGCAAGACCUCACUCAAGCUGGAGACACCAUCGGCGGAUCCAUCAUCCUCACUGAAGCUGGAUACACCAUCGGGGGAUCCAUCAUCCUCACUCAAGUUGGAUACACCAUCGGGGGAUCCAUCAUCCUCGCUCAAGCUGGAUACACCAUCAGCGGAUCCAUCAUCCUCACUCAAUCUGGAUACACCAUCGGCGGAUCCAUCAUCCUCACUCAACCUGGAUACACCAUCGGAGGAUCCAUCAUCCUCACUCAACCUGGAUACACCAUCGGAGGAUCCAUCAUCCUCACCCAAGCUGGAUACACCAUCGGCGGAUCCAUCAUCCUCACCCAAGCUGGAUACACCAUCGGCGGAUCCAUCAUCCUCACUUAAACUGGAUACACCAUUGGCGGAUCCAUCAUCCUCACUCAAGCUGGAUACACCAUCGGCAGAUCCAUCAUCCUCUGUAGUAGAUUGGUGUGAAGCUGAGGAGGUUAAAGAACUAAUUUUGAAGUGUGGAGGCCUUCCCAAAGUGAUAGUUGCUAUAGCAUGUGCACUGGCCAAACAGACAGUCACACGGAUGGAUACAAUUCUUGCUUUGAAUCGGAGACUUAUGCACCACCUGGAGACCGAGCCGGACUAUGAUAGUCUACACGAUUUAUUUGGUUGGAUGCAUUCCUACUUCCGUACCUGCCCAGAUUCUCUCAAGCCGUGUAUCUUCUACAUGUCAAUUUUUCCUCAAGGCCAGAUCAUAAGGCGGAGGCGGCUAAUAAGGCGCUGGAUUGCAGAGAGCUACUCCAGGGAAGACAAUGAAGAAUCUGCAGAGGAGAACGGAGAGCGGCAAUUCUCUGACCUCCUUGAUCUGAGCAUGAUACAGCAGGUACCACAGCUAGUCACCACCGCGGAAUUCAAUGACAGAAAGAUGGCCUUGUGCAAGUUCAACAGUUUCAUCCGUGAGUACAUCAUCCCGCUGCGGAAAGAAGAAAACCUUGUGUUUGAGCUGGGGGGUAAUUGUGCAUUAACCACCCAGCGCACAGGGCGUCACCUCGUCAUAUUGGACGACUGGGACAGAGACAGAAUUGUAUUUGAGAGCAUCGACUUCUCACGGCUGCGAUCACUCACAGUGUUUGGGAAGUGGAAAUCAUUCUUCAUAUCUGAGCGUAUGAAGCUGCUUCGGGUCCUUGAUCUGGAGGAUGCAACAUCAGAUAUAACGACUGGCGAUCUCAAGAAGGUAGUGAAACGGCUGUGUCGCCUCAAGUUCCUCUCUCUACGAGGGCAUACUGAGAUCGAUCAUCUACCAAGUUCAUUAGGGGAUCUCAGGCAGCUCCAGACCUUGGACGUCAGGGACACCUCCAUAGUGACCCUGCCUGCGAGCAUCACCAAGUUAAAGAAGUUGCAAUACAUUCGUGCCGGCCGUGGCACCACCGUCUCAGCACUACCUGCUUCAUCCUGCUGGUUGCGCGAUUUCUGCAGGUGCCGUCAACUAGUUGGUGUUCAAGUGCCCGGGGAAAUUGGGAAUCUGACAGGGCUGCACACGCUCGGUGUUGUCAAUGUCGCUGCUUCAGGGGGGAGGGCUGCCAUCAAAGAGAUCAAGAAGCUCAGCCAGUUGCGGAAGCUCGGAGUGUCCGGCAUCAACAAACAUAACAGCAAAGACUUCUUCUCUGCAAUCUCGGUUCAUGUGCAUCUGGACUCCUUGUCAGUGCAGAUGGACAUUGAAGGCUGCUUGGAUGAUAUCCUCCUGCCUCUGAAGAACCUGCGGAGCCUUAAAUUGUAUGGACUCGGUAACAAGUUGCCAGAGGGGAGCGGCCAGCUUAGCAAGCUCCAAAAAUUGGAUUUGGAGAUGGACAGUUUAACAGAAAAUGACAUGACGCUCCUUGGCGAGCUGCCACAGCUAUGUAUUCUUCGGGUCAAGCAGCUUCAAGAUGGCGAGCUUCAUUUCCAUGUCAUUAGGAAUGGACUUGAGGACCACUCAUUUGAAAAGGUCAAGGUCCUCCAUAUUGCUUCUGGUGGCAGCUCCAGCAGCUUACAUGUGAAAUUUGGAUCAGAAACAAUGAAGAAACUCGAGCUGCUCAAGGUUGACUGCUGCGGUGGAUCGCCGACAUAUCAGUUCUCUAGCCUGGAGAACCUAGAAGAACUCAAGCAAGUCUUGCUAGUGAACGGUUCCAACGCUCAAGCACUGAAGGAACAACUUGAAAGCCAGCUUGCCGAGCAUCCAAACUUGGUGAAACCUGUUGUGGAGCUGGAGGAACCACCACACUCGUCCUGAAGUAUCAUUGUCUUUGUUUAUUUUCCCAAGUGUUCCUCUAUCUACUACCCUACCAGCUCUACCCAGUCCUCUUUGUUAUUCCUUGUUGGUUUCUUCAAAGCUUUUGUACAUGGGUUAUGUUGGUUAACUCCAUUGUGAUAUGUGUUUAAUUGAUGUGCAGUUCGCAGGACUAUCAUACAUGUGUUGGUUGGAGUUACACUAAAAAUAUAUUCAAAUUAUGCCCAUCUUUUUGUUUCC